AUGGCCGACGUCGAAAGCGAUCACAGCGAGGACAGCCUUUUCGACGGGAGUGAGCUGCUUGACACUUGCACACACCUCCAAAACCUCCCAAUCGUACACCAAUUCCCUCCAAUAAACAUCCCAGGGCUGCACCUCGACCAAGAAGCUAUUUCCCCCGAGACACAAUCUCAAAUUCUCUCACAGCUCUCUUUCGACCCACCCAGCGUAACACAGCAUGUCAUUUUUGGUACUCUGCCGCCUUUCUUGGGGUGUUUAGUGGAGCAGCUUAGAGUGCGAGCACAGAGCUACAUAUGCCUAAACACGCACACCAAGUUAUUCAACCAAGUGGACAAUCGGCAGUGCAUAAUUAAUGUUUAUGGCUACAACGAGUCACCUAGUGCUUAUUACCUCCCUCAGCAUACGGACCUUGAGUGCUUUGGCGAGGGCGUUAUUAUACUCAGUUUAGGCAGCAGUAUUGCUAUGAAGUUUGAGAGUCUUGCAGAUGGUGCAAACGACUCUUUCGAACUCCUCCUCAGACCUGGCAGCGUCCUUUAUUUGACAGACGACGCUCGCUAUCGCUGGACACACGGCAUUGCCCCACGCACAGUCGACAAUGUCCAUAAUGUCGGCCUAUUACAGCGAGGCGUUAGAGUUGGCGUAACGCUACGCUACUAUAAUGAGUGA